UUUGUAUUUUUUUAUGACCGAAAGAUUAGAAGCACUAGCACUAUAAUUUCUCUGAAGGAUUCCCGACGUGUAAGAAUAUUAUGGCAGGUGCUAAAAACGGGUAACUACAUAAAGACUUGAGGUGUUCUGGCCUCGAAGACAGUCCUAAAAUUUGGAAUAGCUGUUAGAAGUCGUUUAGAAAAUAAUCCAAUAGUGACUUUAGGAGUUGCCUCUUAUUAAAAAAAUACAUUAUUUAAGCAACGGAAAAAAUAGGAAAACUUAAAAUUUUGGAUUGAAAAAAGUUUGAACAAGAGUCUUUGAAUUAAUUAAUUCAAAGUAGUUUGUAAGAAUCAGCGAUUUUUGUUCAGAUGGAUGAAUUACUGACGCCCUUAAGCAAGACACAUCCUUCAAAAAAAUCUCUAGAGAAUAAAAAAGUUCGGAGAUUCAGAAACCCUGCCCAGGGGGCGCGAAUGCCCCCGUUACUAACCCAAAAAUCCAAACAUAAUUAUAGCGGUAGCAGAAUACUGUAAACAAAGUAAAAACUCAUCGAACAAGCCUUGACAUUCUCUCGAAAUAUGGACUUGAAAAGUUUCUGCGAAGCUCUCCCCAAAAUAGAGCUACAUGCUCACUUGAAUGGUUCAGUGAGCCCCCAGACACUCCACAAAUUACAGAGGUUGAAGGGCUGUGACGAUGAAUUGGCUCCCGAUAUCGAGAAGUUCACAUCGCUGAAAGAGUGUUUCCAAAUGUUCAAUCUCGUUCAUUCUUUAACCGACACUCCCGACGCAGUAUUUCUCGCCACAUGCGAUGUGAUUAAAGAGUUUCAUGAUGAUAACGUGAUUUAUCUCGAGCUGAGGAGCACCCCGAGAUCAGUGAAGGGUCAGAUGACAAAGGACAAGUACAUCGAGGCCAUCAUCAAAGCCAUCGAGACAUGUAAAUCUAAAACUCCUGCCAUACUCGUUAAAUUAUUAAUAUCAGUGAAUAGAAAAGACGGACUUGCUAAUGCCGAAGAGAACAUUAAAUUAGCUAUUAAAUGGCACAGGCAGUAUCCAAUGAUAAUCGUGGGUAUUGAUUUGAGUGGAGAUCCAACGGAAGGGGAAGCUUACAUUAAAUUACUGCAGAAUUCUCGCGACGUGGGAUUAAAAAUUGCAGCCCAUUGCGCUGAAGUUCCAAAUGAGGAAGAAGUCAUAGAUAUUUUAAACUUCAAGCCAGACCGUCUCGGUCAUUGCACGAAUAUUCACCCCAGUUUGAAAGGCAAUGAAAGGAUCUACAAAAUGCUACUGGACUCUCGGAUUCCCGUUGAAUUGUGUCUCACGUCGAAUAUGAAAUGCAAAACUGUGGCAUCCAUCAUUGAACAUCAAUUUGCAUAUUUUUAUCGAGAUAAACAUCCAGUGUGUAUUUCAACGGAUGAUAAGGGAGUUUUCAAAACAAGCUUAUCGGCUGAGUUUCAACUUGCUGGUAAACACUUUGGCCUAGAUAACAAGGAGCUGAAGGAUUUGUCCUUGUCUGCUGUUGAAUACUCAUUCGCUGCGAAUGAGGAAAAACGCAAGCUAUCGGAGAAGAUUAGAUUAUUCUCUUGUUUCAAAUAACUGGGAUUGAAACGGCGUUAAAUAUAUUUAAAUUGAAAAUGUAAUGGUUAUUUUUCUACUUUGAAAUACACAACUCAAUUACCUGUC